AUGGCGCACGUCCUGCUGAAACCCCCCCACUUUGGGACUCGCUCCACGGCCCACAAGUUCCAGAUUCUGGAUUAUCUUCCAUGGCAGCGGUCCAAGCAGAAAACCAAGGCAUCUACUCUGCCUCCAGUUGGACAAGCCAGCAGCUACAGUCAAAGCAAAACGAAGACUUUGGCUAGGGUCCAGUCAGCGUUGCACUCCAAGCCCACCAUGUUGGUGACAAGCCACCAGCUGAGGAAUCCACGAGAACUGCACAGAAGGACAAAGCUGGAUCCUGGGAGGAUGCAGGCCAGAGCCCGGGUAAUGAAGACGAUGCUCAGGAACCGGCAGACCUCUCUCCGAGAGCUCCAGAACCACGAGAGAUUCCUCAUCAAGCUCAGUGAGGAGCUGAUCGAGACCAUCCAGGACAUGGAGGCCCGCGCGGCCCUGCACGCGCGGGCAGUGCUGCAGCAGCAGGACGUCCUGGCGACCCUCGUUGACGUCUUGGAGUACUUGAAUGAGAAGAGGCUGCAGCAGCUGAAGUCCGAGCUUCAGGAGUGGGAGGAAGAGGAGAAAUGCAAGAUGAGCUGCCUGGAACAGCAGGUGGAGCAACUGAAUGCCAAGAACAAGAAGACCCACGAGGAGGUGAGCUUCCUGAGCACGUACAUGGACCAUGAAUAUCCCAUCAAGUCUGUUCAGAUUGCCACCCUUGCACGCCAACUGCAGCAGGCUAAGGACAGCCAGCAGGAUGAGCUGGAUGACCUCAGCAAGAUGCGCAAAAUGGUCUUGGGGUCUUUGUCCAAUGAGAUCGAGAAGAAGAAGAAAAGAAUCCUGAGUUCCCUGGUGGUGAAAACCCAGCAACCCCAUCAGGAGGCUCUUCUGCAGAAGAUGCAGGAGAGCCAGGACAUACUGAAAUGCACGCGCAGGCUCAGAGAAUUUAUUGACCAGUUUGAGGAGGAAAUGCCCAUAUUAAGGGCCGAGGUGGAAGCCCUCCAUGCCCAGAUCCAGGAACCCCGAGAGAUUGUAUUUGCGGAUGUUCUGCUUCGGAGACCCAAGUGUACCCCAGACAUGGACAUCAUCCUCAACAUCCCUGUGGAAGAACAACUCCCCUUCUAGACGCUGGUUCCAUGGCCACCCCUCCCCUCCCUACUCUCUUCCCAGCACCUGGAGCCUUGAAUCUUUCACUUCCAAAACGAUGUCUUUAUUCAGACCCUGAUCUGUAGUCCGUCCCUCCCCUCCUCUCCUCUUCCACUUCCCCCCUUCCCUUUCCCCUUUCCUUUCUCUCUGCAGUGUUUUUCCUCUCUCUCCCUUCUUUCUGCUUGGUGCUGCUGUUUGGACCAAGUGUGGAUUUCCAGUUAAAUCUGCCAUUCCUUUUUACUAAUAAAGCUGAAUU